ACGAGUAGGGCGGCGGCGGCGGGGAGGGUGUAACAUUGAGCCUCCGAAGUGGGCGCUCAGUAACCACCCAGCGGGCCGUGUGAGAGGACGUACGCAUGCGCUCUCCCGGUCCCGUGUGCCAGUGACCCUCCGCCUGGGUGCGCGUGUGCUUAUGGAUGUUGUCUUCUUGAUGCUCCCCUGAUGCCGAGUUGUUCGUUGUAUCGGGAGUGGAAGUGUUGAUUAACUUUUGACCAUUUUGAGUGCUGGGGAAACACUUUACCUACAACUACAUUUUGCGGUUUGUUUUGCUCGAAAGGACCGUGGGAGUGUAGCGACUCAAAAAAAUACUCUUUCGUGAGUCCAGUGUGUUUCCUACUAUAACUACUUUGAGGAGCUUGUGGAUUUCUAUGGAUGUGAUAAUUGCGAAUAUGGGAUAAGUGACUUGGAAGACACGCUGGAUAUUAGUGCAAAUUGGCUGGAAAGUGGAAUAUAAUGAAUAUUUACUUCAAUGGCUGCAUAUAAACGAUGACCCGCGUUCACGUCCGCUGAAUUAAGUGAUUGAAAAUCCGGGUGCCCUGUUGGCGUACUUCGUAACCAUGCCUUCAGGAGAAGUCAUGGGCGUGAAGCAGCAGCCCACGUCUACGGGCGUGGGUGGGCUGGAGGAAGACAAGAAGGCAGUGUACAAAAACGAUGACGAAUACGACGAGGAUCUGGCACAGCUGGACAUGCUGUUGCACUACGUCAACAACCUGUCUGCUUCUUUGGAGUUCCUCGCUUGGGAAAACAAACGCAUCUCGACGGACCUGGUACCGACCUUGCUGAACAUGUACGAUGCUCUCUACGCCAGGCUCAGCGAGGGCGCCGACGCCACCACCACCUCCGGCAAAUCCUGCGAUGAAGGAGGAGGAGGAAGAGGCGCAGGAGGAGGAGGAGGAGGAGGAGGAACAGGAGGAGAGAAGAUGGGGUUUAGUAACGGCAGUUUAGAUUUAAGUAAAAUUGGUCAGGAGGAGCGCGCGUCAACCAAAGAGAAUGGAAACAGUGGUGCUACAGAAAAUGGGUUAAACAGUUUUAAAGAAAGCGGGGUGUGUGACCAACGGCUUUUCAUCGAGGAAAAGGACGUCGAGAAUGAGAACCAAGUGAACAAUAACUGUGUCAAAUGUGAUAAGUGCGGCGUGCUCAGAACUAGCAAGGAUGGGUGUCGGUGUAGUGCGAAGUGCGUCAUUGCGGAGUCCAUUACGUCCAUGUUCGAGACCAUCGAGAACGACCUCGCCUCGCCCGACUCCUUCUACGAGAACGUGGACAAGCGGCGCCCCAGGAGGGAGCACAUCUACGCCGAGCCUCAGUUUCUGAUCAAACCCAAAGACAGUCCAAAGUCGACCACCUCUUCCUCCUCCACCAACACGUGUUCCUCGUCCGCCUCCUCCUCCACCCUCACCUCCACCACCUCCACCACCUCUUCCUCGUCAGACAAGCUCCCGGGGACGCCCGCCUCCCCGCCCAUGGGCUUCGACCCGAGGAAGCUCAAGGACGUGUACCGGCCCCUGUCGUCGAUCUCGUCGUCCUCGUCUUCGUCCUCCAACUCUCUCCCUCGAGGCCCACCCGGAGCCGCCACCUCGUACUUGGCGUCGGCCGAGAGCUUGGAGGACAACGAUGCAGACCAUUCGGACACCGAGGAGACCACCCGCAGGAGAGACCGGACCAUCAAGACCAGGCGGGAGAAGGCGCAGCGCACAGGUGAGUGUCGUGGGCCCGGUGGCUCCCUCUCGCACGGGGCCCGGACGAAGGCGCGCGGGAACGGUUCCGGUGACAGCGGCGUCCAGUGCCAUAGCAUCAGCCUGCCCGCUCCGCCCACGCUGAGACCUCGUUACUGCGACCCCAACCUCGCUUACAUGGACAGGAUAGUGUUGGAGAUCGUGGAGACGGAGGCUAUUUACGUGCGGGACCUGAAGGAGAUCAUUGAGAUGUGAUCCGGAACCAAAUGCGUUCGUCGCAGUCCUGCACGUGGCUCUGUAGUUGCUGUUGCUUAGGUGGAGGUAUGGGUGGGGGAGGAGGAG